CUCACAGGGGUGUGUGGUGCAAAGAGGACCCUGGAGCUGGUUUUGGGGGGUGUCCCUUUCCCCAUCUGAGAUGUCCGGGGGGGGGACAACAGCAAUUGGGGCUGGGGGUCAGCUCCCAGUGCUGGGGGGUCCUGUGGUGCCAGGGGAUGCUCCACCGAGGCCCGUGCUCACCUUGGGGAGAGAUCUGGGAGCCUCCAGCCUGGCUUGAGGGGAUAACGAAGGAAACUGGGAUUUAUGGGCUUCUCUCAGAGUGAGGAUGGGCUUGGGGGGGCUCCUGGGGGUGGGUCCCAGAGGUGUUUUGGGCUUGGCACUGAGAAGCGGGUCAGCCCAGGGUGGGAAGUGCCACCCUCUUUUUGUGGAGCCUGUGGAGUUUGUCACCUCUUCCCAUCAUCCUGUGACCCGUCCUGGGGGGGCUUUGGUGGCCCCCCCUGCCCUGGAGAUCACGGUGUGUCCGUAACUUCCAGCCCCCCAGAACCUGCGGUUUGGGGUUUUAAGGAAAGGUUUUAAGGAAACCUUUCCCAGCCCUGAGCCUCUGGGUAGGAACAACUGUAAAUAUUUGUUUGGAGGGAGGGAAAACUCUUUGUGUCGGUCGUUUGUUCCGUGCUGAUCCCUUUCCUUUACCUGGCGGGGUCCUGCCACUCCCGGGGGACGAGCGAGGGGUCUUGGCUCUGGGUUUGGGAUGAGCUGGGCCCUUUUCUCCAGAGGAGGGGCCUGAAGGAUCUCUGAGCAUCCCUCAGGGGACAGAGGACGGGCUGGUGGCCGUGGCCUCCGGUGUCCAAGGCUGCCCAGCACAGUCCAGCUCCGUGGCUGUCGGGGCGAUCGCUGUUGUGUAACUCGGGUGCCUGUUCCGACAGGAAUAUUUUUCUCCUCCUCCCCAACCUCUCACUCUUCGGGUUCUGCAUUCCCAGCCGGCCGUCAGAGGGUAAUAACUCUGUGUGUGUGCAGAUCUGGACUUGUCAGAGCCACAGAAAAUGGCUUUAAACCUCACCUGGGCAGCAGGUGAGGGUUUGUUUGCCCGUGAGGUCCUGGGAAUUUGGGAAUGGAAUUGUGUUUUAGGGGGGAGAAGGGCUGUGCUUUGGUGUAACCUCAGGUAAAACCCAGCCUGAGGAAGGGGUUUCAGUUCCUCUGGCAGAGCAGGAUCAGAUGAGACUCACUGCACGGCUGCUCUCAGGCUCUCACUUAGGUGCAAGAUGGUGUUUAUUAAAAAAAAAAAAAUCAUAAUUAGUAAACAGGAAAGGGCCACUUGACUGCACGAAUCCCCUGGAAACUCGGCGACUCCCGGUGCCUUUGAUUUUGGCCUCUGUGAGUGACUAUUGUUUCCGCUCAGUGUGCACUGAAUGGUUUUAUUCAGUCCAAGGUGUGAGCUCAGCCUGGAUUUGAGGGAGCUGUGCUCCUGGAGCGAGGGGCAGGAUGGCAGGGAACAGGGAAUCACCCUGGGAAUUGUUUGCUGCUGGAGCAGCCAUGAUGCACGCUCCGCGUGCCGGGGCUGCCCUCACUAUUGUGCUUUAUACCACAGCUUUAGCAGCUGCUUGUUUCAGGGAAGGCUGGAAAAACAUCCGAAUUUCUGCAGUGCUGGGGAGCCUGAGCCUCUGUGUGCCAGCAAACAGAGCAGAAAACACCCCUCCAGCCCCUUCCUUUAAAAAAAAAAAAAAAAAAGGAAAAGAAUCAAGAAAGGUGCCUCUGCAGUGGUGGUUCCGGGGUGUUGCAGGUCAGCUUUGCUUGAAAUAAAGCAAAAAACCCCACCAUGGAGAACAAUUUGGGGCAGCAGAUUUUAUCAUUAACACCUGCUGCAAAUAUUUACCCGGUUAAAUCAGGCAAACCCCCCCCCCCCCCCAGCGCCGUCCGUAACUGACAUCCUACAACUUUCCAAGAAAGCCUUUCUCUGACUGGAAAUUAGAAACAGUGUCCAACAAGCAUUCUUGAACUCCUCCAGCUCCUUGGCCAGACAGCUUGGGUUGGGUUUUUUUUUUUCUCCCUGGAUACGCCGGGCGCUGCCAGGAGUGGAUGCUCCGGAAAUGGCUGUUGCGAAAGGAGCGAAGGCAAACGUCAGUUCUCUCAGCAAGCAAAGUUCACUGGGUGGUGGUGACCAGUGGGAACGUGUCUGCCCUGAGCAGAAUGGCCAGGAACUGCUCCUCCACGAGAGUUUUACAGGGGUGAAAUGCCAGCUUUGACAUGUCUGUGCUCCGACUGCAAACAAGCCAACUCCACCUGUGAGACGGACGGCGCCUGCAUGGUCUCGGUCUUCAACCUGGACGGGGUCAAACACCACGUCCGGACCUGCAUUCCCGAGGCCAAGUUGAUUCCUGCUGGGAAGCCCUUCUACUGCCUGAGUUCGGAGGACCUGCGGAACACUCACUGCUGCUACUCCGAUUUCUGCAACAAAAUUGAUUUAAUGGUUCCCAGCGGGCACCUGAAGGACAACGAGCCCCCGUCGAGCUGGGGUCCCGUGGAGCUGGUGGCGGUGAUCGCCGGGCCCGUGUUCCUCGUGUUCGUCGUCAUGAUCAUCGUGGUCUUUGUGUUCCAUCACCACCAGCGAGUCUAUCACAACCGCCAGCGGCUCGACAUGGAGGACCCCUCCUGUGAAAUGUGCCUUUCCAAGGAUAAGACCUUGCAGGAUCUGGUCUACGACCUCUCCACCUCCGGCUCGGGCUCAGGUUUGCCGCUGUUUGUCCAGCGCACCGUGGCUCGGACGAUUGUCCUCCAGGAGAUCAUUGGCAAGGGUCGCUUCGGGGAGGUGUGGCGAGGCAGGUGGCGUGGGGGCGACGUGGCCGUGAAGAUCUUCUCCUCACGUGAGGAGCGCUCCUGGUUCAGGGAAGCAGAGAUCUAUCAAACUGUGAUGCUGCGGCACGAGAACAUCCUGGGGUUUAUUGCUGCAGAUAACAAAGAUAACGGGACGUGGACUCAGCUGUGGCUCGUCUCCGACUACCACGAGCACGGGUCCCUCUUCGACUACCUGAACCGCUACACGGUGACCAUCGAGGGCAUGAUCAAGCUCGCCCUGUCUGCUGCCAGCGGGCUGGCCCACCUGCACAUGGAGAUCGUGGGCACUCAGGGGAAACCUGGGAUUGCUCACAGAGACCUGAAGUCCAAGAACAUCUUGGUGAAGAAGAACGGCACGUGUGCCAUCGCUGACCUGGGCCUGGCUGUCCGGCACGACUCCGUCACCGACACCAUUGAUAUCGCACCCAAUCAGAGGGUCGGCACCAAACGAUACAUGGCCCCAGAAGUCUUGGAUGAAACCAUCAACAUGAAGCAUUUUGAUUCAUUUAAAUGUGCCGAUAUCUACGCCUUGGGCUUGGUCUACUGGGAGAUUGCCCGAAGGUGCAACGCAGGAGGUAUCCAUGAGGAGUAUCAGCUCCCCUACUACGACCUUGUGCCCUCUGAUCCUUCCAUCGAGGAGAUGCGGAAGGUCGUGUGUGAUCAGAAAUUACGGCCGAACAUCCCCAACUGGUGGCAGAGCUACGAGGCACUGCGGGUGAUGGGCAAGAUGAUGCGGGAGUGCUGGUACGCCAACGGAGCCGCCCGGCUCACCGCCCUCCGCAUCAAGAAAACCCUCUCCCAGCUCAGCGUCCAGGAAGAUGUGAAAAUUUAGGCUCUGAGCCUCAGCAGGAAGAAACUGCACAGGAGCUGCCGUGCUAGAGUAGACAUGUGAUGGAGGCCUACCUCGUGUUUCAGCCCAACCUACUGCUACAACCAGACAGCGGGACCUGCAGGCUGCGAGGCGGGGGGGGGGACGGAGCCUACGGAACCGCUCUUCUUCCCUGCUUGGGUAUGAAACAAUCCGAAACCUUUUGUGAUCACCUCCUGAGAGCGUGGAGACUCGAGAGGGGACUUCACCCGAGGGAUCUCAGCCAUGAUCGUAACUCUUUGUUCCUUUAACGGGAGUCCCUGUAAAGUUCAGCGCGCGCCGGGCACCCCUUGGCGGGGUCGGGGCCAACCCCGGGGUGCCCGGUUGCCGGGAGUGGGAAGGGAAGAGGGAAGGUUUUUCUUGCCGUUGCUCUGAGGAUUUUUCCAGGGACUGGCGCGCCGAUGCAGGAAAAAAAAGCGAAAACAAAUGGUGCUCCCUUUUCUGAGAGGCUGAGCCGGAACAGUUGAUCAGCUUCACGAAACCGUUUUCCUCCCCCCCCUCCUUUUUUUUCUUAAGCUUGAAGAAGUCCAGCUGAGCGCCCCGGCGGCCGUCGGGGCGCCGGCGUCUGCAUGCGCGAGGCGCGCGUGUCCCUGUGCCUGGUCAUCUCCUCCGUAGCCGUGCCGGUGUCUGCCCGUGGGGUGGCUCAUCUCUGUCCGUGCUUCCUGUGCAUGUGCAAAUCUCGAGUUGUCCCGUUUGUGAGCUGUUGCUGGUGCUCUCCUGUGCUGAGUUGUGAGCGUUGUGGAGCUUGGACAGGCUGCUGCAGAGCGGAUCCUCGGCUCCCCGGGCGGGGAACGUCCCCGCCAGGUCACCUCACUGCCACCCUGUCCCUUUUUUAAGACAAAACAAAAUAGGAACUGAGAAUCACUCCUGGAAUCCAGGGGUUUGUUUUUUUUUUUUUUUUUUGUCUCGAGCCCCUGGGGUUUGUAAUUCUUGGUAGGGGGGAGCUGAGAUGUGUCAGAGAUGGAGCAGGCGCCGCGCCCGGCCUGCAGGGAAAGCAGGGGACGGUUCUCCUGGGAACACAAUUCCCAAGUCCACCAUCCAGGCAGAAUUCUGGGGUCUGAUCCACGGCAUGCCGGGUGCUGGGGGUGCUCUGCACCUCCCAAAGGCGCCGGGCAGGAUCUGACAGCGGGUGUGGGUUGGGAAAUCAACGUCCAUCUUUUUAAUAUAGGUGUAUAAAUAUCUCCUGAUGUGGAAGUGGCCAUGUCUUAAGUGUGGGGUGGGGGGGGGGGGGCCUGCAUGGAUUUUUUUUCAUUCAACGUUGAAUCCGGGUGAGGAAGAGGUGGGAUGACUUGUCUGCAGUGAACAUGGAAGUGAGGGCUGAGGCUGCCCUGCUGAUUUUGGCAGUCGUGGUGUGGGGGUCAGGUCAGUGUCUGCGGUAGAGAACUCUGAAGCCAUAACUUUUAACUGGAGUGGUUUUGAUUAUUAUUUUUUUUUAUUAUUGUUGUUGUUAUUAUUAUUAUUAUUGUUAUUAUUAUUAUUUUCUGGGAGGGUCUGGAUUUUAACUUUUUUGAAUAUUGUUAAUUCUUUCUAAGAGAAGAAAAACAAUCUCUAGUUAUUACCUCUUGACCUGUUGGUUUGUAAAGAAAUCACUGCAAAAAAAAAAAAAAAAAGGAAAAAAACCAAAUGCACAGCUCGAUUUACACUGGAACUGUUUCUACUCCGACCUUGCUCCUGCUCUCUAAGGUGAGGUUUCAUCUCUGCUCCGGCCGCCGGGGUUAAAUCUUUAUUUCAGUCCCUCUGUUCUUGCUGUCUGUGUCCCUGUCCGUGUGUCCCCCCGACUCCCCCGUCUGUCUGUGACCUUGUGUAAAGUGAGGAAUGUGGUUUUUUGCAUCGUGUUAGGAGCCCUUUUGCAUCCCCCCCCCCGAGGAGUUUGGAGCAGCACGGAGCUCCCGGAGCGGGAUCGGGGUCCAGCUCCCCAUCCCAUCCCAGUUUAUCUCGGCUCCCAGUCCCAGCCAGAGGUUCCCACCAGUCUCCAUUUCCCUGAAAACCUGCGUUUAGAAGCCCAGGGGUUGGCGGGCACUGCCCAGCACUGAGGACUCUCCAGCUGCUGGCACAGGCCCCGGGGAUGCCCUGGGAGCUGGGGAAGGACGGGCCAGGCAGGAAGGGUCGUCCCCCACUGGUAGGUACUGCAGGCUCUCCCUCGGGUCUCCCAUCCCUGUGACCUUGCAGGCCAAUUCCCAGGGACGCUCCGUAGGCUCCGGAACUUGCACUGACUCCCCCCCCUUCCAACUGUAGCCACACAUGCACCUGCCUCAGCGCCAAACCAAACAGCGCCCGGCGCGCGGGGUCGGCCCGGGUCAGGCAGAAGGGACGAGGGAAGGGCGACACCCCUGUGAGCAGCAUCCUAGGAAAGGAAAAGCCUUGUCUGGGAGAGACAGAGAUGGGGAAGACCAAGCAGGAUCCGCGGCGGGAGCGCUGACCAUGUAGCAUUUACACAGCACUUUUCAUGCAAAGCCGUGUCCGGGGGGUGCCAGCGCUCGCCCGAGCUGGCUGGGAGCACAUAGGAAAGUCAGCACAUAGGAAUCUCUGCCAGGCUCCAAAGCCUUGCAGCAGCUCUGGGAAAAAGCAGCAUUCCAGGCAGUCCCGAGGGGAGCCCGGUGCAGGACGAGGAGGGGGGCCCAUCAGCGGUACGCGGCUGCAGGACAGAACUCUUGGUACUUCUCUGCCCCUUUGAUUUGUUUGGUUUUGUACAUUUUUUCUUAGCAAAGGACUGUAAGAAAAUAGCCACUUAGCCACUUUACCUCUUCAGUAUGCAAAUGUACAUACGGUGUAAGAUAGGAAAUCUUUUGUUUAAUAUAAAACCAGGCUGUCGAUUUCUGCUGUACAUUAUUAAAAGUUUGUUUUAUUCA